GGCAGGCAGGCAGCCGGACAGACAGACAGACAGACAGACAGUCCUGAGCCUGUCCUCCCUUCUCCCCUCCUCCCCUCUGGGAGGGCUUCUAGAAUGUGAUCUGUCUGGAGGGGGGAGUGCCAAGGGGGCUGGCCAGCCUUGUAGUAAGGGUAUACAUACUGCACCAUUUCCUGAUUCAGUGCGCUCCAGUCUGUUGCGGGCUGCGUGCAGUGGGGGGAGGGGCCAGGGCUGAUCAGUGUGUAAUUUUAUACAUUACUGAAUCGGAGCAGGAGGGACCUAGAGGGCCCCGGCACCAUCUCCUCCUUGGGCUGCGUUGUCAGAUCUCUCCAGCCCUCGCCUCCAAGCCAUGCGUUGAGAGAGGAAGACGCUCUCUCCUCCUUCUCUCAUCUUGGUGGAAGUGAGAAAGUCAUCUCACCAUGGCUCUGGCCAUGGAGCCCAUUAGCAAGUGGCUGCCUAAGCAAGUGGUGGAUUGGCUGAAAGGUCUUGAUGACUGUGUCCAAUUCUACUUAGACAACUUUGAGAGUGAGAACAUCAACGGAGAACAGCUCCUCCGCAUAACAAACCAAGAACUUGAGGAUCUGGGAGUGAUCAUCCCUGAUCACCAAGAGAUCAUUUUAGAAGCAGUUGACUUACUGAGUAUAUUGAACCAUGAACUAGAAACUGAAAAUCUGAGAGCACUUGCCCACAGACUUAAUGUGGCUGCAAAAGGCCUCCAGGGCUUUCUAGCUGGAAGAAGGAGGAGUGGCCUCUCUGAUGGUAGAACAUUGAGACAACUACCAAAUAAUUGUCUCACUGCCGUGGUUGACCUGAUUGGUGUCGCCAAGAAAUUACUGGCCUGGCUCGACAGGCUUCCAUUUGUCACUGUAGCAGAAUACGGGGUCCUGAAAAACAAAAUUGUUCAACUCUGCCUGCAAUUAACGACUAUUGUUCAACAGGACAAUUCAAAACAAAUCAUGGAACUGUGGAAUAAAGACCUAUCAGAACAAGCAGAAGCUUGCAAAAGCUUGACUGGAAUCUGUGAGGCUAUAAUUUCUCUGUCUUCGGAUACUCUAUCAAAUCGUUCUGGACACUUAGAAGUUGUCUACAUCAACAGCACACUAACCAGUGGGGGUAACCUUGACCAAUGCAAACAAAUUGAUGCUGGGGAUGAAGUGAUCCAAGUUAAUGAUCAGACUGUGGUCGGGUGGCAAUUAAAGAACCUUGUGAGCAUAAUGAAAGAAGACCCACGUGGAGCCCGUGUAACCCUAAAGAAGCAUCCUCAGAAUGUUCGGGCUGGGACUUCUUCAAUUAUGAAGAAUGUGAGAUGGGAGCCUCAUCCCCUUGAGGGUUUGGGUGCGACAGGGAUAAGCAGACCCACAGAGACUGUUACCACCAUGGACCAAACAACCCAGGUGGAACCAGAAGGAUUCUUUCAUUCUUCCAUGCCUGGACCAAGGCCAAGGGAUGACAUACCAACAAUAUCUUAUGAAGACUUCAGCGAACCUGCUGCUGGAAGAUCUACCGCAGCCACACAUGUAAGGCCUGGCUUUUUCGUGGAACCUGAAACCUUGAAAUACUAUACUUUAAUCGAAAAUGAAAGCCACCCAACUGGCAAUGAACAUCAACGAGGAAGAUCUAUAAGCGUUCGAAGAAAGGAGAGGCCUGCUCCCCAAGGUGAACCAAGGCCUGUUUCCAUGCCCCCCGAAUACGGCUGGGUGAGGGAUCCCAGAGAACAUGGGAUACACAGACGAAGUGGCAGAGCCCCAGAAGCUGAGAGUUCAAUGAUGCAAUACCUGGGUGAUGACAGGAUGUUGGCUUACCGAGGGGAACCUCCAAAGCACAAGGAAAAGAAGGAUUCAAGCCGAAAGAAUAAGAAAAAGAAUAAACAUGUAAGCAGCUCUAACUAUCCUAUCCACCCGUCUAUGUUGUCUGAUCCUCCAUUGGUCUCCAGACAUCCUGAUGUCUUGAAUUUUACUCUGCCUGAGGACUCUGCUAUGGCAACGCCUCAGAGAGGUGAAGACAACAUCCGUGGAGAUUCUGACAGAUAUGCUGGCGCCGGCGCUGAACGCCAGGGAGCCAUACCUGUGAAGAAGUCUUCUCACUACACUUCCUUGAGAGAAAAAACCAAGAAAUGGUCCAGAGGGAGCUCCUGGAACAGUGGAAGCCGAAGACGCAUCUCUUGCAAAGACCUGGGCCACGGAGACUGCGAAGGCUGGCUGUGGAAGAAGAAUGACGGCAAAAGCUACUUCACCCAGAAAUGGAGAAAAUACUGGUUCAUUCUAAAAGAUUCCUCCCUGUACUGGUACACCAACCCAGAAGACGAAAAAGCUGAAGGAUUCAUCAGUCUACCCGAAUUCCGCAUUGACCAGGCCAGUGAAUGCCGCCGAAAAUAUGCUUUCAAAGCUUCUCACCCUAAAGUCAAGAGUUUCUACUUUGCAUCUGACUGCCUGGAUGAAAUGAAUCACUGGAUGAACCGUCUGGGCCUUGCAGCCAUUGGUUAUUCCCCAGAAGAAAAAGAUAUCCAACCACGUGAAGAUUACUGGAGUGAGAGCGAUCAUGACGAUACUGAGAGUGCUUUGACCCUGAGACUGGAAGGUGCCAUGGCUCUCAAUGAUGUCAGUGUCAGCCAUCGACCAACUUCAGGCACUUCUGCAAGUCCUUUCCCAGAAUCCAGACAUAUUUCGAGUCCAUACUUGGAACCCCAACACCAUUCGACUGCAUACAUGGAACGCAAACACCAUGCAGGUCCAUACCCAGAAGCAAAACACCACACAGGCCAAUACCUGGAGCCACCACGUGGCCCAAGCCCAUACGUCGAGCCCAAACGUGGCCCAAGUCCAUACGUCGAGCCCAAACGUGGCCCAAGCCCAUACGUCGAGCCCAAACGUGGCCCAAGCCCAUACGUCGAGCCCAAACGUGGCCCAAGCCCAUACGUCGAGCCCAAACGUGGCCCAAGCCCAUUUGCUGAACCCAAACGUGGCCCAAGUCCAUUCCUGGAGCCCAACCGCAGUGCAGGCCCAUACAUGGAUCCCAAACGCGGCCCAAGUCCAUUCCUGGAGCAUACACACAGUACCAAUCCAUUCCUGGAUCCCACACUUGGCACAAAUCCAUUCCUGGAAACCAAACGUGGUGCUUGCGCAUUCCCAGAAACCCAACGUGGUGCCAGUGCACUCCCAGAUCCGAAACGUGGUACAAGCAUGUUCCUGGAUCUUCAACAUGGUGCCGGUCAUUUUCCAGAUCCCAAACGUGGUGCAAGUCGGUACCCAGAACCUCAACGUGGUGCCAGUCUGUAUCCGGAACAUGGUGCAAAUCCAUACCUGGAAUCCAAACAUGGUGCCAGUCCCUACCGAGAAAUCACUCAUCGUGGGACAAGUCCCUUCCCAGAAAUCAAACGAGGUGCAAGUCCCUUCUUGGAAUCCAAACCUGGUGCAAGUCCAUACAUAGAAUCCAAACGCGGUGCCAGUCCAUACCUGGAAUCGAAACGCGGUGCCAGUCCAUACCUAGAAUCCAAACGCGGUGCCAGUCCAUACCUGGAAUCCAAACAUGGUGCAAAUCCAUACCUGGAAUCCAAACGCGGUGCCAGUCCAUUCCCAGAUCCCAAACGUGGUGCAAGUCCGUACCUGGAAUCCAAGCAUGGCCCAGGUUAUUGCCUGGAAUCCAAACAUGGUCGGCACUUCUCAAGUGAGUCUACUUAUUCUUAUUCUUCUGCUGAAGAGGCUCGACAGGAAGCCACAGGAAGUAGGGAUUCAUCCAGCCACAGAAAACUUCAUGGUGAAAGGCGAUCCUGGCAAGACCUCAUCGAGACACCAUUAACAAGUUCGGGGCUCCAUUUUCUCCAGACCGGUCCUAUUGAAGAUGAUUACAUAUUCGGCCUAACUCUACUAUCACCAGAAAAGCGACGACAAGCAACCCUGCCAGCCCAGAAAUACAUCAAUGACCAAGAAGGGCCUUUCCCAUUGAUUCCCUACCAGCAGGAUCAUGGGUCACACGCAAGGCCCCACAAGCAGCGCAGUCAGAGUCUGCCUAGGAACAGAGAUGUCAGGAGCAAAGGUCACAUGAAAGCAUCUGAAUUAACAGAGAUAGAAGAAGAUCAGUUUCUCUUUAAGAAACCAAAUAGUUUCGAUGACGAAGGGAAAUUUGAUGCUUCUGGAAGUUCAUGAUCAACAAACCUUGGAGGCUGACAUCAUUUCUGUAACCACAGAAAUAGUCUGGACUUCAAAGCUUACAGUACUGCCCAACAAUGGAACUAAACCCACCUUUAAAAACAACCAUUUUUCAGUCAUUUGCUCUCUGUGCUUAUAAAACCUUUAGUGUGUUAGCUGAGAAUAUCACCGAUGAAGUAAAUAUCACCCUUUUGACGCAUAGUAGAAAAUAGCCGGAUCAAUUCCUAACGUAGCCAUCGACGCAAACAUUUUUUCGCUACAACUUCGUAUUUCUUCAAUUUAUUGACUGUGAAUGGAAAAUUUUUCUUAUCCUAACACCAGGCCCCAGCAUUAUACACUGCAGUCUUUAAAACUUCUGAAAUGCAAGUAUUCUUGAAUUAAAUAUUGUCUUUGAUUUUUAUAUCGUCAAUGUGUUUUUGGCCAGUCCCUGUCACUGGGAGGAUGACUAUAUUCUUUCUUUAUGUCAUCCCUUAAUCCCUCAGACUGGCAUUGUGUUUCAAUUUCGACAAUAUAUGUGUUGCUGAAAUUCUUAUCUAUCGGGGUCCUUAAUUUUCCAAACCAAAAUUUUUUCUGCAUGGAGGUAAAAAGAACUUGUGAACUGUAUUUCAGAAAAUGCAAAGAAAAAAAAGCGAUAGUUCUGAUGGGUUACAAGAACUGUACAGGUCUUUGGAAAAAAUCAGUUUGUCAGCCUUUGGAAAACAUCGUCCUUCUACUAAGCAAGAAUUCAGGAGGUCUUUUGUUAAGAGGUGCAAUGAUCCAUUUAUCAAUCAAAAACUUCAUCACAUCCGAGCGCUCAAGAGUACUUUAAAAAUAUUUCAAACCGAUCUCCUUUCAUUAUCUCAUCAGCUAUGAAUGAAAAAAGAAGACAGCAAAUCAUCUGAUUUUGCUAACUGAGAGACUUGGCUUGUAUUAUCUUUUCAACAUGGCUAAUACAACAUUUCAUAAAGUUUCGGGUUUCUUUAACCAACUGAAAUUUUACCUUUGUAGCUAGGAUGUAUACAUUUUUAAUUCUUCUCUCGAUCCAUUCCAUCAGUCCAGCCUUUCCUUCCACCAGUACAAAUUGUAACCCAUCCACACCUUCUCUUCCUGUGGCAUUCUAGUCCUCUCAUAAACCUUUCAUCCUGGAUCUCUUCACCUCCUGCGAAGCCCUCCUGUAGUGCUUCUGACAUUUAUUUCACUGGCAUAAACUUUCCAUCUGUUAUCCCCCGUUCACUACAUGAUCCGUUUCCAUCCUCUUUGAUCCCUACACUUCCUUGAUGAUGUCUUUAUACAUUCCAUCAAGUUUCCAUCUCUCUAUGAUCUCAAGGUAUAUUUCUUCUUCUCAACGCACCAUCACAGUUCCAUACUUCAGACAGUAAAGAAACAGAGUCCUAGAAGGUGUAGAUGCUACAGAGAUAGGAAAAUGUUAUCGCUUUGGUUUUAGGAAAAAGUACAUUUCAACCCCUGGAUAAAACUUUAAAGUAUUCUUGAUUUUGUAUUUGUACUGUAUUGACAGUUAUUCACUAAGAUUAUAUUAUAGGCUUUAAAUGUUGGGGACUUUCCCUUUUUGCUCUUCAAGUGAGUUCUGUGUUGUAACUGGCUGUAUUGUUUUCUAUCACAGAUUAAAGUGUUAACUUUCGUGUGUGAUCAAA